AUGAUCCGAGGUUUCCCCGGGCGACAUUGUAACCUCAGCAUCAAAUCCAGAUCAGCUGUUUGUCUCUAUUUUGCCGAACGAAGAGGAAAACCAGCUUACCCGCAACUGAGAUCUCUCGCUAAAUUUGGGGAAUUCGACGUGCCGCCUGGACGGAGGACUCACUGUUUGGACUUGCUUCCAGGUCUCCUGUCGCAGCAUUUUGAUCGACUGCCACCACAUUUCCAAAUUCCAUUCUCGCCGCGUUUGAUCAAUAUCUCAGAAAUGCAACCUGUGAGUCGCCGCCGCCGCCUUGUCACAGCUUGCAGAAGCCCAGCGUCGGCGUCAUGUCCAAGGCCUCUUGGCCAUCCCGUCUACCCCCUAACCCCACUCAAUCCCUCAACCGCAUGUCCAAGUCUGCCGAGCAUGUCUAUCCACCCCCCUCUUUUCCCCAACCCGAGCCCUCGGAAACUUCGGGUCUUGGUCCAAAGAUUCUAG